CCGAGGAGCGCGGAUUGGCUGAGGGGCGGAGUCAGUGCUUUCGAGGGCGGGCUGUGUGAGGAGUUUCAAGAUGGCCGCGAUGUAAACAAGUGCGGGGGAGAUGUGGAGUGGACUGUUACCUCCUGGUGUGAAUGAAAGUGAUGUUGACACGAGUUCUGAUGAUGAAGGAACAUGGGAUGGGCCUGGGUCUGAGUCCAUCUUAAAAGAGAAAAGAGAACAAAAGGAUUUGAAAGGCAUUCUGUCUUCUAGCUCUGAGAUUCAGGAACCUGAAAGUAUCACUGAAGGCAAUCCUUUUACAGCAGUGGCAGAUGAAGGACAGGAAUUCCAAACAUAUCCUUCUGGAGUUUCAUUAGAUAUGUGGAAAAAAUUUCAGAGCCUGCAAAAGAAAAACUCUGAAAUGAAAAUCCAAGUCAGUCAGAGAGACAGGAGGGGAAAGAGAAAGCGUUCCAGAAAAGGUAAAUUAAAAAAGAAAAAUGAAGAAACAACUGAAAGUAGCCGACAGUCCAUAAAAGAAAGCCAGUUGGAAGAGCUUACUCAGUAUUUUGGAAUCAAUGAUAGGUUUAAAUCACUUUCAAGCAAGGACGCCCCUCCAAAGUCUGGCCUCGAAAUCAGCAUAGACAGAUCUUUGGCUGAAGGAGAUAUUGCACAAGCCGAGGAACUAAGUGACAGAUUAGCUACUCGAGAGCUUGGUGUGAAAAUUUCCAAAGCUGUUGCUUGUCGAAAUUUUGUGAAAACAAAGCAAGAUGCAGAAGCUUCUCAAGAAGCCCGGAAGAAAAAGAAGCUUGCAUGGGGGUUUGAAGCCAAGAAAAGAUGGGAAACGAAAAGCAACAUGGGAUACAUGUAGUUAGUUGUGUCUUGGAAGGGGUGGGGGUGACAUUUAAAUCUGAGGGGAAGUGUUUGUUAAUAUUGAAGAUACAUAAAUUAUGUUUUUCAUUGGGUUUUAUUUCCAUUAGUUGUGCAGCUGGGGGAAUCACUGUUGAGUAAUUUAGGCUUGCAUUCCAUACUUUUAAGUAUCUCUGGUAUGUCUCGAAUAUACUCUGUUUCGCCCUGGAAACAUAUCCAAUUUAUUUCCUUUCAAAUAUUCUAAAGAUUUAAAUCUCUUGUUUGCCAAGUAACUAUUAAAAUACAGUCUAGG